GGGAAACACUGAAGUAACAUGUGAAAUAAAAAGUACAACUUCAUUUUCAUUGCAUCUGCUCUCAGAUAGGGGAGUGUGUGUGUCACUCUGAUGUGUGGAGAGAGUUCUUGGGAGAAGACCAAGGUUUCACUUCCACAAGCAUUUUCUCAGCACCCACUCUGCCUGAGAAUUGAGAAGACAACACCCAGUCCAUGUCCUCAAGAACGGCCUGGUCUCCAGGAGAGAGGACCAAAGGAGAUGCCCAGUGCGGCGUGAAGGUGGGUGGUACAGCCAGCGCCCGGGAGUGCGAGUGGGGUUGAGGGGGUGCAGGCAUCCUGCUGCUUCCCAUCCGUGUGGGUAGGAGGCGAGGGCAGUGCUGUCCAGCUCUCCCCCGCGUGGGAGGUUGCUGGCGGGGAGGGGAGGGGAGGGGUAGCAGCCCCCGCCCGCCGCGACCCACCGGCCUCCCCGCCAGCCGGCACGGCGCCUUACCGAGUCAGGCCGCUGGGAGGCCGGGAGCGGCUGGGCAGGCGGAGAUGGGGGAGCUCUUAUUUUGACAGGGGCCGCGCGGCUCUGGAAUGAAGGCAGAAGGAGGCCGCCAGCGCGCCCGGUGCGGAGCGUAUUGGGGCCGGAGCGGAGCCGAGCGCAGCGGGCCAGGCCCCGGCAGCGCAGCGGAGCCCGGGAAGGCGGCGGCGCGCGGCGGAGCCAGAGGCCGGACAUGCCCCGGACGCGGGGCCGCUGCACCCCCGCCGCCGCCCGCAGCCAGCCGGCCCGACGCCCGCACGCCCGGGUCCCCCCGCGCCGCGCCGCCCGGGGGCUGCGCCCCGGACCCUCGGCGCGCGGCCAACAAUAAGCGCCCAGACAGCCCUCUCCCCGCCCCGCGCCCGCCGCCCCGCCGGCCUCGGGGAAAGUGAAAGGAGGAGGCGAAGCGAGGAAGGAAGGAAGGAAGGAAGGAGGAAGGAAGGAAGGAAGGAAGGAAGGAGGAAGGAAGGAAGGAAGGAAGGAAGGAGGAGGAGGAGGAGGAGGAGUAGGAGGAGGAGGAGGCGGCGGCGGCGCGGGAGCUGAGACCCCAGCCCCGAGACCCGGACGGACGGACGGACGGGCGCGCGCUCCCCGCCGCCCACGACCAUGCUCCGCGACCGGGAAGCUGGGACCUAGGCGCCCGGCGAACCCGGACACCCUCGCCCCGGCCAGGCCGGUGUUGAGAUCAAGGCAUCCGGGAUCAAAGGACCACCUCCUGCGCCCUCCGCACCUCCGACCGGCGAGCAGGACCCCCUUCCACCCACCGACCCGGACCUGGUCAUGGCGUCCAGCUCCGGCCUGGCGUGAGGAUCCCGACCCGCGAGAGUCCCUGCUCCAGUACCGAGUACCUGCUGGGCCCUGGGCACGCAGGGGCCGUAGCCCCACUGUGUGUGGGAGCCAUGAGGAUCCUGGCUAACAAGACAAGGUUGCCCCACCCCAGGAGGAGAGAAGCUCCAGGGAGCCCACCACUGUCCCCCCGUGGCCACUGCCCCCCUGCCCCAUCCAAACCAAUGCACCCAGAAAAUAAGCUGACCAAUCAUGGCAAGACAGGGAAUGGUGGGGCCCAAUCCCAGCAUCAGAAUGUGAACCAAGGACCCACCUGCAACCUGGGCUCGAAGGGUGUGGGGGCGGGGAACCAUGGGGCCAAGGCCAACCAGAUUUCACCCAGCAACUCCAGUCUGAAGAACACCCAGGCCCAGGCCGGGGUGCCCCCUUUCAGCUCGCUCAAGGGCAAAGUGAAGAGGGAGCGGAGUGUGUCUGUGGACUCUGGAGAGCAGCGUGAGGCUGGGACGCCCUCCCUGGACUCAGAGGCCAAAGAGGUGGCGCCCCGCAGCAAGCGGCGCUGUGUGCUGGAGCGGAAGCAGCCGUACAGCGGAGACGAAUGGUGCUCAGGACCAGACAGCGAGGAGGACGACAAGCCCAUCGGGGCCGCCCACAAUUGUAAUGUAGGAGACCCUGCCAUGGCGGCCCCACAGCUGGGUCCCGGCCAGACCCCCCAGCUUCCCCUCAGUGAGGGCAGUGCCCCAGGCCCCCCGCAUGGGCCCCCAGCAGCCCUGCGGCCAGAUGCCUCCGGGGGCAGUGGUGUCCCCGGAAAGCCUCCCUCACAAUUCGUGUAUGUCUUCACCACCCACCUGGCCAACACGGCUGCGGAGGCUGUGCUGCAGGGCCGGGCCGACUCCAUCCUGGCCUACCACCAGCAGAACGUGCCCCGGGCCAAGCUUGACCAGGCCCCCAAAGCGCUCUCCACCCCAGAGCCGCUCCCCCUGAGCACACCGUCUGCAGGCACCCCACAGUCCCAGCCACCUCAACUGCCACCACCGCCCCCAGCCCCUGGCAGUGCCCCCCCUGCUCUGCCUUCUGAGGGGCCUCCUGAGGACACUAAUCAGGACCUGACACCCAACUCAGUGGGAGCUGCCAGCACAGGUGGUGGGACUGGGGGUACCCACCCAAACACCCCUACAGCUGCUACCAACAACAACCCGCUGCCUCCAGGAGGAGACCCCAGCGGCGCCCCUGGCCCUGCCCUCCUUGGGGAGGCCGCCCCCCCAGGAAGCGGGCAGCGCAGCCUGAUGGGCUCGGAGGGGCUGUCCAAGGAGCAGCUGGAGCACCGGGAGCGCUCCCUGCAGACUCUGCGGGAUAUUGAACGGCUGCUGCUCCGCAGUGGGGAGACCGAGCCUUUCCUCAAGGGGCCCCCGGGAGGCGCAGGUGAGGUCGGACCACCAGCACCAGCCCCUCCCGCGCCCCCGCAGCCCCCCACUGCCCCUCCUGGCGGGCUGAAGAAGUACGAGGAGCCCUUGCAGUCCAUGAUUUCGCAGACACAGAGCUUAGGGGGCCCCCCACUGGAGCAUGAGGUGCCUGGGCACCCCCCAGGCGGGGACAUGGGACAGCAGAUGAACAUGAUGAUGCAGAGGCUGGGCCAAGACAGCCUGACGCCCGAGCAGGUGGCCUGGCGCAAGCUGCAGGAGGAGUACUACGAGGAGAAGCGGCGGAAGGAGGAGCAGAUCGGGCUCCACGGGGGCCGCCCGCUGCAGGACAUGAUGGGCAUGGGCGCGGUGAUGGUGAGGGGGCCGCCGCCUCCCUACCACAGCAAGCCUGGGGACCAGUGGCCGCCCGGGAUGGGCUCCCAGCUGCGGGGGCCCAUGGAUGUCCAAGAUCCCAUGCAGCUCCGGGGCGGACCUCCCUUUCCCGGCCCCCGUUUCCCAGGCAACCAGAUGCAACGGGUGCCUGGGUUUGGGGGCAUGCAGGGCAUGCCCAUGGAGGUGCCUAUGAAUGCCAUGCAGAGGCCUGUGAGGCCGGGCAUGGGCUGGACCGAAGACUUACCCCCCAUGGGGGGGCCCAGCAAUUUUGCUCAGAACCCCGUGCCCUACCCAGGUGGGCAGAGUGAAGCAGAGCGAUUCAUGACCCCCCGGGUUCGUGAGGAGCUGCUGCGGCACCAGCUGCUAGAGAAGCGGUCCCUGGGUAUGCAGCGCCCCAUGGGCAUGGCCGGCGGCGGCGGCAUGGGGCAGGGCGUGGAGAUGGAGCGGAUGAUGCAGGCGCACCGGCAGAUGGACCCAGCCAUGUUCCCCGGGCAGAUGGCGGGCGGUGAGAGCCUGGCGGGCACUCCCAUGGGCAUGGACUUUGGCGGAGGCCGGGGCCUUCUAAGCCCCCCGAUGGGGCAGUCCGGGCUGAGGGAGGUGGACCCCCCCUUGGGGCCAGGCAACCUCAACAUGAACAUGAACGUGAACAUGAACAUGAACAUGAACCUGAAUGUGCAGAUGACCCCGCAGCAGCAGAUGCUGAUGGCGCAGAAGAUGCGAGGCCCUGGGGACAUGCUGGGUCCGCAGGGCCUCAGCCCCGAGGACGUGGCCCGCGUGCGGGCUCAGAGCAGCAGCGGCCUAGUGGGCGGCCCGCAGAAGAUGCUGAUGCCCUCGCAGUUCCCCGGCCAGGGCCAGCAGGGCUUCUCCGGAGGCCAGGGGCCCUACCAGGCCCUGCCACCGGACAUGGGCAGCACCCAGGACAUGUUCAGCCCCGACCAGAACUCCAUGCCCAUGAGCAAUGUGGGGACCACUCGGCUCAGCCACAUGCCUCUGCCCCCUGCAUCCAACCCUCCGGGGUCUGUGCACGCAGCCCCGAGCCGGGGGCUGGGCCGACGCCCUUCAGACCUCACCAUCAGUAUUAACCAGAUGGGCUCACCGGGCAUGGGGCACCUGAAGUCGCCCACACUUAGCCAGGUGCACUCCCCGCUGGUCACCUCGCCCACUGCCAACCUGAAGUCACCCCAGACUCCCUCACAGAUGGUGCCCUUGCCUUCUGCCAACCCGCCGGGACCUCUCAAGUCGCCCCAGGUCCUGGGCUCCUCGCUCAGUGCCCGCUCGCCCACGGGCUCUCCCAGCAGGCUCAAGUCUCCCUCCAUGGCGGUGCCUUCUCCGGGCUGGGUCGCCUCGCCCAAGACAGCCAUGCCCAGCCCUGGGGUCCCCCCGAACAAACAGCCGCCUCUCAGCAUGAACUCAUCCUCCACCCUGGGCAGUAUGGAGCAGGGUGCCCUCCCGCCCGGCGGUCCCCGGAGCAGCUCCUCCGCGCCUCCCGCCAACCCCACCGGCGGCCUCAUGAACCCCAGCCUGCCGUUCGCUUCCUCCCCAGAUCCCUCGCCGUCCCAGAACCCGCUGUCGCUGAUGAUGUCCCAGAUGUCCAAGUACGCCAUGCCCAGCUCCACGCCGCUCUACCACAACGCCAUCAAGACCAUCGCCACCUCGGACGACGAGCUGCUGCCCGACCGGCCCCUGCUGCCCCCGCCACCACCGCAGGGCUCCGGGCCAGGGAUCGGCGCUAACCAGUCCAACCCGAUGCACCUGAGCUCAGCUGCUGCCCAGAGCCCCAUGGGCGUGACCCUGCCAGGCCAGCAGCCCCUGUCUCACGAGCCCCAGCCUGCCAUGCUCCCCUCCCCCACCCCUCUGGGUUCCAACAUUCCACUGCACCCCAAUGCUCAGGGGACAGGGGGGCCUCCUCAGAACUCAAUGAUGAUGGCUCCAGGGGGCCCAGACUCCCUGAAUGCUCCCUGUGGCCCUGUGCCCAGCUCCUCCCAGAUGAUGCCCUUCCCCCCACGGCUACAGCAGCCCCAUGGCGGCGGUGCCAUCCCCAGUGGGGGUGGGGGGCCGGGCCUACAGCAGCACUACCCCUCGGGCAUGCCCCUGCCCCCCGAGGACCUGCCCGGCCAGCCACCUGGCCCCAUGCCCCCCCAGCAGCACCUGAUGGGCAAAGGCAUGGCUGGGCGCAUGGGCGACGCGUACCCGCCGGGUGUGCUCCCAGGGGUGGCAUCCGUCCUGAACGACCCCGAGCUGAGCGAGGUGAUCCGGCCCACCCCGACGGGGAUCCCCGAGUUCGACUUGUCCAGGAUCAUCCCCUCGGAGAAGCCAAGCAGCACCCUCCAGUACUUCCCCAAGAGCGAGAACCAGCCCCCCAAGGCCCAGCCCCCCAAUCUGCAUCUCAUGAACCUGCAGAACAUGAUGGCGGAGCAAACCCCCUCACGGGCCCCCAACCUCCCAGGCCAGCAGGGUGUCCAGCGGGGGCUCAACAUGCCCAUGUGCCACCCCGGACAGAUGUCCUUGCUGGGCAGGACAGGUAUGCCCCCGCAGCAGGGCAUGGUGCCCCACGGUCUGCACCAGGGGGUCAUGUCCCCGCCGCAAGGCCUCAUGACCCAGCAGAAUUUCAUGCUGAUGAAGCAGCGGGGCGUGGGGGGCGAGGUCUACAGCCAGCCCCCCCACAUGCUCUCCCCGCAGGGCUCCCUCAUGGGCCCCCCGCCCCAGCAGAACCUCAUGGUGUCCCACCCUCUGCGGCAGCGCAGUGUGUCUCUGGACAGCCAGAUGGGCUACCUCCCCGGCCCGGGCGGCAUGGCCAACCUGCCCUUCUAGCACUCCCUGCCUGGGCCGGGCAGUACUGCAAAUAGUGUCACCUGAAAAGUGUCUUCCCUCCAGUGUUGGGGUGACCUGGGGUCCAGGGUGGGUUGGAGGGUGGGAGGGGCUUGUGUGGGGAAUGGCAUUUGUGGCAACCAGACGUGCUGGCAGCUGAGUGGGAUGGCAGUGGGAGGGCUCUGGGUAGGGAGUUGUUCCAUUGUGGCCAUCAGACCACCCCACCCCACCCCCAAGUCUUUGGAGCCUGUUUCCCCUGUGUCUCUGCACCCCUCAUUCAGCUCUGUGUUCCGAGUCCUGUACGGAGUCCUUGGAGGGGAGAGGAAGAGGAGGUGACAUGUCCCUUCUCCAUCCCCCUUCCCACCACUCUCUCCAGGGCUCCAGCCUUGCUGCUCCUGGUUCUGCUCUUUUCCUGCCUCAUCUCCUCUCUCUGCUGCUGUGGCUGACCCCCUCACCCGCCCCCCCCCCCCCCCCCCGCAGGUGGCCGGCCAGGUGGGCGGGGCUGCCGCUGGCGCAUAGAGAGCUGUGUUUUGUCCUGGUCUGUGUGCGCCUUAGUCCUGUGCUUUGAUAGAAGUCACCCAAAAGAGGGAUGAAAGAAGCUCUUCCCCUCUUUCAGAUUACUGCCCCAGGGCCUGCAGCCUGACACACCUGUCCACGGCUCACAGCAUCUCUGGGUCCCUAGAGGGUGCCAUUCUGGUCCCCCCAAAUGGGGAAAUGACAGAGAGCCCACACCUGAUGCAUAGCCCACACCGGACAGAAAGCCCCCCACACCUGACAGAAAGCCCCCCACACCUGACAUAGCCCCCCACACCUGACAGAAAGCCCCCCACACCUAUGGCCCACACCUGAACUGAGGUCAGACCACCUGGCUUUUCCCUGGUGAGCCCAGCAGGGCUGAGACCUGUGGAACAGCAGGCUGCUGAGUGAUUCAGGAGCGCGUGCGUGCGUGCGUGCGUGUGAGUGUGUGUGAGUGACGCGCCCCUGGCUUCCGGUUGUGGAUGGCUGAUGUCCCCCUAGCUACAUCUUAGCCAGAACUUGAAGUCCUGGGUCCCCAGGCUGAGGGGAGGGAAGAGAAAAGGCAGAGGCUGUGUGGAGCCGUGAGGAACAGUGGGGGGCCCAGGGGGCCCUGUGCCUGCAGCAAUGGCUCUGGGCCAGGUCACCCCUGGGCCCCCAGUCUCCAGAGGCUGCCACCUAAUUCUAUCACCGAAGAAGGGAGGGUGUGGCCGAGCCUGUCCCUCCCGGCCUCUGCGAGCAGAGGGGCGUCCUGCUGGCCUGUCUGCCUGCUGCCCACGCACUGGCAAAGCCCCUCUGCCCAGGGCCCGGGCUGUGCCCACCCAGGCGCAGUCACUGCCUCCCCCUCCGAGCUCCCCCCACCUCAGUCGAGCUGAAGCCAUACACACUGGGUGCUGUGCACCCCCCCCCCCCCCCCCAGACACACACACCCAGGAGUAAAACUUGUGAAACUUCCCUUCCUGAUGUGGGGCAGGCCGCUCCCCGGCCUCCAGGGCCACGUCUAGACAAGGUGUCCUCUGCCAGGGCCUGGCCCCACCUCGGCAGUGGUCACACAGGGACUCCCCCACUUCUCCGUCUGGUGCUGUGCUCAGUCCACUGUCAGCCCGACCCAGCGCUUCCUCGCGGCUGGCUGCAGGCUCCUGCCUCCCCGGCCCAGGAUCCAGGACCCAGGCCUCAGGCCUCUGUGUCCAGGAGCCACUGCCACCCUCCAGCCAGGCGCCCUGCCUGCGCUGCCUGCACUGGGCCUGUAUCCCUGAGACCUCACCCCCACCCCAAACUCUCAAACUGACUCAGUGUUGCCUGCCCAGAGGGGAGGGACGGACUGCAAGGCCUGACACCCUCCUCUUCCCACCUGCUGUCAGAGUAGCUUUUCCAGGUGAACUCCACAGGCCAGCCUCCUCCAUCCAAGGCCAUCCCCAGCCAUUUUGUACCAUUAUAUAAAUAUAUAUAAAUAUAAAUAUAUAAAUACAAUAUGUGAAGACAUCCUUUGGGUUUUUAUUUUGAAACAAUGUUUAGGCUUGUUCCGGGGGUCUCUGUGCUGCCUGUACUGUAUUGACCUGUUUUAUAGGUGCCUUUUUAUUAAAAAGAAAAUGCAAAACCUGA